AGAAACCCCUUUUGAAAAAUGUCGUCAGCUUCUUGUUCCUCCGCCGUGGCGGUAUCCGCCGCAGCCAUCGCUUCGUCCGCCGCUACCUUUAAUCCAUUACUCUCCUCCCACUCCAAUUUCCAACUCUUCUAUCGCUUUACACCAAAAUCCUUCAAACUCGUUGCUAAUUGCCCUAACCCACUAAUUCCCCAUUCAAAUAUCCGUCGCCACCGCUUCUUCUGCGCCGCCGAAACCGGAGCUACUUCGGCCGAUGAUGAAAUCCACGCCUCAGUUGAAGAAGAAGAUGAUGAUGAAGAGGAAGAAGAAGAAGAAGAAGUAGAGGAAGAAGACGCAGAUGAAAAACAAACGACACAAGCGAGUGGUGAAGAAGGGAGGCUUUACGUUGGGAAUUUACCUUACACAAUCACUUCCUCUGAGCUCUCUCAGCUUUUUGGAGAAGCUGGCAAUGUCGUCGAUGUUCAGAUUGUUUAUGAUAAAGUUACUGAUAGAAGCAGAGGAUUUGGAUUUGUAACCAUGGGAACCAUUGAAGAAGCUAAGGAAGCGAUUCAGAUGUUUAACAGCUCUCAAAUUGGUGGUAGAACUGUGAAAGUGAACUACCCGGAGGUGCCGAGAGGCGGCGAGAGAGAAGUAAUGAGAACCAAAAUCCGUGAUACUAACCAGAGUUAUGUAGAUAGUCCUCACAAGAUCUAUGCAGGAAACCUUGGUUGGAAUCUAACUUCACAAGGUCUAAAAGAUGCAUUUGCUGAUCAACCUGGUGUGCUUGGUGCUAAAGUUAUCUAUGAAAGAAAUACUGGGAGGUCUCGGGGAUUUGGUUUCAUCUCUUUCGAGUCAGCGGAAGAUGUUCAGUCUGCUUUGGCUACCAUGAAUGGCGUGGAAGUUGAAGGACGAGCACUGAGGCUAAAUUUGGCUUCAGAGAGAGAGAGACCCACUGUAUCUCCUCCGUCUGUAGAAGAAGGAGAAACCGAAGAGGCCAGUCUAGAGAGUAGCGAGGUGCUUUCGAACGUUAGUACAUGAAGCAGCAAAAGCACAAUAGAUUCCGGAUAAGUUUCAGACUGAUCAGCUCGAGGGCCAAAGAAUGGAAAUUUUGUUUUCUUUAUAAAUGUGUUGUGUUCUA